AUGCAGCAACGCCUGGCGACCGGCGCCCUGAUCCAGGAGCUGCAGCUGCAAGUUGGGCGCUUGCACUACAGACUGCUGGCCGGCUUCGGUCCGGAGGAGGGCUGGGUCAGCAUCUCGCUGAAGGGGCGUGCCCUAGCUCAGCGCGUCUGCUUGCCCAGCAGGGAGAGACUUGAGGAUGCAUGUUUCCAGCAUGACAUCAAGCCCAUGAAAGCCGCUACCGAGCUGGAACUAUUCCGGCUUCUUGCAGACUUGGAUGUUCCGCUGAUCUGCCCAUCUUUCCCUGAUGCCUCAACGGCAGCGUGUGAGGAUCUCGUAUCGGCGAUCAAGGGUCCGGACUUCCGGGAACACAGCGGCAGCGAUACCGAUGCAGGUCAGUGGCUGGCCGAUUUACAGGAAUUUGACGCAUACAGAACAGAUCCAUAUCAGCUGUUCGGCAUUCCGUACGAUGCAACCGAUGCCACCAUCAAGUCGACCUUCCGCAAGCUCUCACUCAGGGUGCAUCCUGAUCGCUGUCCAGGAGAUGUGGCCGCGGCAAGCAGGUUCCUGCAGCUGACGCAAGCGAAAGACUUCUUGCUCGAUCCGUACCAACGUCGAGCUUUCAACGAAGCGCACGGCUUCUUGACCCCGACCGUCAAUGUUGCCUGGUGGUCAGAUUGGGACGAGAUUUUCGGAGAAAUCGAACCGGACCCGGAUGUGCAGGCACAGUCCUCCGUCCCGGCGGGACUGCCAGACCCAAGAACUGACAUCCUCAUCUUGGGAGCAACAGGUAUCACGGGCACACUGGCCUGCAUGGUGAUGCGGCGAGAGACGAGAGGUCGCUCUUGGGCCAUCGCCGGCCGCAGCGGACGCCGCCUGCAGAUGCUGGAGCACAAGUUUGGGCACGGCUGCUUCCAGGGCUCCCUUCGUGUCGAGAGUCGCCACGACUUGGAGCGCGUGGUGGGGACUGCCCGUGUGGUCUUGGACUGCACUGGACCGUCCCACGACAUCGGGGUGGCUGUGGCUGAGGCCUGUGUGAAGACUGGCACGCACUUGAUAGAUAACACGGGCGAUAUACUCUUCUCGAAGGAGGUCAAAGACAAAUUGCAUGGCGCGGCCAAGGCAGCUGGAGUGUGUCUCCUUCUUCAUGCUGGCUACGUCUCUGUCCCUACAGACUUCGGAGUCUGGCGGCUAGUGCGUGGAAUCAAGGAAGAGACGGGCGCUGACACCAAGAAGGUGGAUGUUUACACACAUACCCAAGGGUUUGUGAUGAGUGGCACGAGUCUCCUCACUGGAACGAAGACUACAUUCAAGGACUUGCAUGCAGCCGGAGCUCCCUUUGUGCUUGGGGGGAUGCGGUCCUGUGGUGUGCGGACGGAAGAUCGUGCGGAUCCGCCCCACAAAGAUGAGAACUCGUUCAUGAUCGCAUAUCCUGGAUUGAACGUGGACCGCCAGGUGGUCCGUGGGACUUGCGGCUUAAUGGAUGCAGUGGAGCCAUAUGGCGACAACUUCCUUUUCAAGGAUUGGUUUCUGGUUGUGGACAAAAGGCCAGAGGAGAUGACGAAGCAGGAAAGUGCUCAAGCCUCUCGACUCUCGGGGAUCGGUGUCAGCCUGGGUGGCGGUCUUGGUCACAGCCUCAUGGUGGAAGCGAAGAAGAUUCCACCCCCUGGCUGGGGCCCCAAGGAGAGAAUUCGACAGGAGACUUUCGUCACCAAGGUUUUCGUGGGCGUCGCCGAUGCGGCCAAUGAGGCGAAGAUGCACAUCGUCAUGAACGCAGGGCCCGGUGGUGUCGGGGACCGGUACGAGGGCACCGCCGCCAUGAUGAUCGAGGCUGCCUGCUGCCUUCUGGAUACCGCUGACCAAGGAGGCGACUUGCGCAGUGGAUGGGGGACACCUGUUUACCAUUUGGCACACCUCGGGUUCUAUGAUCGGCUGGUCUCGCUCGGCUUUGCCUUCCACUGCUACCAGGGGGCCCCUACAAGCGACUUUAUGCAGAGGGUCUUUGCAUCGACGCUUCCACUGAAAGAUGCAACGGGGUAG